GUGUACCGGAAAGUAAAGCAGUUCGGGGGAUUGCGAUGGUAUAGAAAACCAGCAACGGUGAAAAAAAGGACUGAACGUUGCGGGAGGCGCGGAUUCGAUCGUCGUGUUGAAAGAGUUCGAGCGCGAUGUCCAAGUGCUGCGGCUGCAUCGGCGUCUGCGCGAUCACCGAAGCGUAUCAACCGCUAAAGACUCACACCCACCCGCGCGAUAUCGUUCAAGAAACGUUCAGAAACGGCAGGGAGAUCCUGAGAAGUCCAAGAGAUCGUCGCAGGAAGCCUAGUGUUCGCUACGACGUCGUGAGAACUCCCGGAAGUGGCAGCGAGCAGUCACAUCGCCAUCUGCCUGGGACUUUGCGAGGCUCCCUGAACCAUUCACAUAAUCAUCAUCACAAUCAUCCCCACAGACAUGAACUACCACCGUCGACAUACCUCACACCCCCUCCGCCACCACCAGCGUCGAGUUACAUCACGAUGCAGUGCGGCUGCGCUCUACAUUCGAGGCUCGACCAGCCGGUGACCAGCUCUACGCCCGGAAUGGACAACAAAAAGAUUGUCCAGUCGAGCACACCGCCCGCCGUACCGGUUCAGGUACGUAGCAAGCACGAUGGCUCGGGGGUGGCAGCUUCCGUGUCGGGGGUGCGUAGGCGAAGCGGUCCUCAAGGCGGUCUGCGUUCGCCCGCUGCGAAAAGGCCUCUCUCCGCCCCCGUUGCAUUGCAGGGAUGGUUGCACAAACAAGGUUCGGAGGGUCUUAUGCUAUGGAAAAAGCGUUGGUUCGUUCUCUCCGAGUACUGCCUCUUUUAUUACAAGGGCCCAGAGGAGGAGAAACUGCUAGGUUCGAUAUUACUACCUUCGUACAGAGUUACUAUCUGUAAACCUGAAGACAAAGUCAACAAGAAGUUCGCCUUCAAGGCCGAACACGCGAACAUGAGGACUUACCACUUCGCGGCUGACAGUCGAGAGAGCAUGAACCAGUGGGUGAAUGCUCUGACUCUGGCAACGCUUUUACAAGAUCCUAGCCCUGGCGCAGGCGAGGCCGCGGUAGUCAUAGAAAUAGCGCAAGAUGGUGAACGAAGCGCUCGACCUAGCGUCUCGUCGAUCUCGUCGAUCCUGAACCAGAGUGCCGACGACAGCGAUUCUGGUUUUCACGGUUUCCAGUCGCGGGACGAUCCCAGUCAUGCCUCCAAUAACAACUCCAGCCCGAACAGCGCAAACACUGCCUCUUUCCCGAACCUCAGCGGUAGCAACAGCAACGGUAAUUCCGCCAACAACAAUCACGCGAGCGAUUCGGGUCAUCCGAUGAUGAAUGGUUGGGUGCAACAGUCGCCGCAAUACGGCCAGCCCGGCACUUCUCAGCCGCAGCAGCCGCAACAGCAGCAGCAGCAGCAGCAGCAGCAACAACAGCACCAACAAUACGGACAUUUGCUGCCAUCGCAGCAAUUGCAGCCGGGCCACUCGCAUCAACAUCAAGCGUUGCUUCAUCAUCACUUGCCGCAUCAGAACGCACUUCCGACUCAUCAGUCGUCGCAAUUACAUAAGCAUGUGGUCCAACAAUCGCCGCAGCAGCAGCAACAGCAACAGCAGCCCCAGCAGAUAUCACAUCCUGGUACGGGCAGCGUUCAAACGAUACAACCUAUGCCUCGAACGAAAUUCGGACAGCCGAUUUACGCGAACGCACCACCGAAGCCUAGAAGACUGACGGAUGGCUCCAACGAGUACUCGACGCCAUCGCCGGAUAUGGACUACCGGAAGAGUCCGGCCUCACCGGAUGUCACGGUUACGAGCAAGAGCCCGAUGUCCGAUUACGAAAGGAACAACACGAUCUAUGGCACGCGGAUGAAUCAGCCGUCACAACAGAGUCUGCGAAUCGACAAAUCGGGCCUGCAUUAUGGCUACGGUCAGACCACCCAGUCGACGGAGAGAAGAACUCCUGACACUUACGGACGCAGUGCGAAACCGAGGACCAACAGCAGGGGUAACGGCGAUUACGAGGAGGUCUAUGGCACUCCACAGCUUUAUCAAAGACCUGCAGGACCGGUGGGUUACACCAAGGGCGCAUCACCGGCGCCCAUUCCCAUCCCCGUGUACGCGCAACAACAGCAUCUGCAGCAACUGCAUUCCCCCGUCAUCACGCCGCCGAACAUGGCAAUAGUAAGGCAAUCUAGAAUUCAACCACCACCGCGACCGCAUAGCGCAGACUUUCUCGAGUAUGAAGCAGCAAGACGUCCUCAACAACAACCGACGCAAUGCGAGAGACCCCUGGAUCAACAAAGACGUCCGCAGAGACCUAAAUCCAGUUUAGAUAUAGUGAACCCGUCAGAUACGACCAAUGACGGUUACUUCUAUUCUGAAGAAAGAUACGCAGCGCAGAUGCGGCAGUCCGCAGUGUAUUUGCAUCAAACCCCUCAACACUACCAGCAGCAGAGGAAUCAGUCUCUCUCGCGUGUCACAAUGCAGCCGAAGCUGCCGGGUAUCCGCGAUAAAACCGAUGAAAAUAGAAUAUCCACAUUGUCGGAUUCUACUUGCCCUACUCUGAGACGCGUACAACGGGAUCACGUACAUCAGCAGCACACGAUACCCGUUCAGUCGCUGACGCAGAGACAUUCCGAGAUAAUGGGUGUCGAUCCGAAACUUCGAAGAUCUUUGCGCGAGAAGAGCUGCGAGGCGAAUGGCCGAGAAACGCUGACACACGGUGAAGACAACACGAUUCCUCGUAGAAUACGAGGCGAAUACGACGGGUGGGGAAGAGCAGCGGGUCACGCUGCCCACGGGACCCACAUCGCUCAGACGUGUCACGCCGGUCACGCAGGUGCCAGCAGACGAUGGAGCGAACAGCAGCAGUUCUGCAGAUCGGCAUCGGCACGUCUGCCAAGGACACGGCAUCCUGCCGCUCUUGAUCCCGACGACGACGACGACUACACCGAGAGGUCCUCCGAGCAGGACUCGCGAGAUGGUGAACGCAAGAUUCAGCAGCGCGAAGAAUCGAUGAAGCGGCUGCUAGAAUGGAAGCAGCGUAUGCUGCAAUCUCCGUUGACACGAAAGCCAUCCGGCUCGGCCAAUAGAGGCAGGGCGCAAAAUGAUCUUUCGAGUUACUACAAGCAACAGGCGCUGCUGGAUUUGGCAGCGCACGAGGCCGCCGUAGCGGAGGGUCGUCACUCCCGAAGGCGGGAGGAUGGGCAUCGUUCGCAUGUCAGGAGCAAGAGCUCGGACGGUCGCCGGACCGCUGUCAACGUGCCACGCUACAACAGCUAUUCCAGCGAUGACGAAGAGCUGGGAGAUGUCCGGAGGAAGCGCUCGCGCAGACCCACGCAUGCAGGAAGGAGCCCCCGGCACGCCGGCGACGAUCGGUCAUCGACGGCGACAGCGACGUCCGCCGUCCAGGACGUCACGAUACCCGGAACCGGCCGCACGAGUGUUAAUCAGAUCCCGCAGUCGCAAAUCCUUAACAGUCGUAAAGCGAACCCGGGGAGCACGCUCUCCUCUCUGGGUGGUAUACCACCGGACGCCGGUUACGACGAGGUCAGCUUUCCGCCGAUGAUGAGAAACGAUUAUGCGUACGCAUCGUCCUCAGCAGACAAACAAUCGUUAUCUAGAAGAUCAGAUCCCGAAACCGCCUUUGAGGACUCUGAGAGGCACAAGACUCCGAAGAAACCGCUGGGUAUUUUGAAAUCGUCGACCGCUUACGGUUUCGAUCAGCAAAAAUAUGACGGACAACAAACAAGCAUGAUCGAGAGCAACAGAUCCGACAAUUUGUGUGGUUAUCGAACUAACGAAUCCUGGCACGUUCAAAAGAACGUACAAUGGGAUUCCAAGGACGAUAAUGAUGAAUGGGAUCCUGGCAUCGACGAGAGCAAAGUUAUAAAAGAGUUUUCUUAUCAGUAUAUUAACCCUAAGAAAGUGCCGGUGCCAUCGAAAACGGAAGAUGAGAGCGAGAAAUUUGAGACUAUGAAUCUGGUCCAAUGUAGAAUUAGAUCUUUCGAGAUGAAUAUGGAUGGCGCCAGUCCGGUCAAGGAAGUAUUGACUAUGCAGGAGCCGUUGAAAGUAUCGCCACUGCAGGCAACUGAAGCUCACGUUUCAAAGCUUGACUGCGCGAACAAAACCUCGUCUGUCAUACGCAGUUUCGCUUUAGGUGAUACAAAUGCUUCGGAGAAUGCUUCCAAGCACAAAAGCGUAGAAGAGGGACACGCUAAGCAAGCUUCAACUGACAGUAACAAAUCAGUCAAAGAUCUUUUAGCGGACUUCGAACGAAAAUCACAACAGGCUAAUCGGCCGAAAUCCGAGAAGCGGCAAGAAUCGAGGCAUCGCGGAGAUUACAGUGAUAAUGAAACAUUACGAUAUGAUAUUGGAAGUAAUUUGGACCGGCGAGAUAGAGACGAUGAAAAAGAAAAAUUUAUUGAGAAGAACGAAGAUAUUACGCAACAUUUCACUUUGGACACUCUGUAUACAGAUACCAUACAGAUGCAGAAUUCCGAUGAAUCUUUGAAGCAAAAUAAAAUGAACAGUUCAAAGGACAGCCUGACAGAACAAUGCGUGCCAUCAACUGAUUUAAAUGUUAUUCCGAGUCCUAGCUGUACAAGAACGAGUAUGACUGAAUCUUUGUUAACACACAGCGACCAAUUCUCCACUGACAACGAUAUCAUUUCAAAGCAGGAUGAUAUUAAUAGUGAAGAUCAUUAUCUUCCCAUGUCUCCUAGAAAGGCCAUAUUGGAUCCUAACAGUGAUGAUAGACCGCAUCCUAAGAUGAUGGAGAGUCUAUUCGCCGAUGAGGAAAGCUCGUAUGUGGAGAUGGCGCAGAAUGGAAUGACUCGCUCUCUUUUGGCACCGAACGAAGAUGGCAGAAAGCAUGAUUCAGGCGAUUAUUCCACAUUGGACCCGUCGUCUCACUAUGAAUUUGUUUGCGUGCGGGAUAACAAGAUGGAGCCGGUAUAUAUGGAAGUGAAUCAGUUGUCCGAAAAGGAGGACGAAGAUGGCAGUAAAGCAUCCUCGAUGAAAAAGAGCAAUGCCAGUGAAAAUUCGCCGCAUUCCAGAGGCGAUCUGCCCGACAUCUUGACGGCACUCAAAUCCGACAGUUCUGACGCCGAUGACGAAUCGUCCAAGGACCUAGAAUCCAUAGACGCGCCACGGCAUCCACGAUUCAGUUUAUCCGACACCUUCCGACCGGCUUCAUACUAUCUGGGAGCUAGCCGCAACAUGAUGGCAGAAUUACACGACUCGUCAGACAGUGAGCUGGUAUCCCCGCCACCAAUACCGACCUCUCCACCACCGUUAGAUGAUUUAGAAUCAUUGGAUAUGCAGGAAUCGUUAGAAAUAAAGAAGGUCUCGCCACAGGUGGCUACGAUGAAAGAUAAUGCGUUGAACCGCGAUUCUCCAAAAUCUUGGAGUAAACCAGUAGGACAGAUGGAGACGCAUAGGCCACCGUCAAGGUUCUCUGAUGCGACCAUCAGCUCUACUUUUAGAGAUAGCAGGAUAUCGUUAGAAAGUGCGUCCGGAAGCGAUUCGAUCGAGCUCAGAAAUCCAGAAGAGGAAGCAAGGCACAGGCAAUUGAAGAGAAGACCAGUCAGCGAUGACGUUUGUGAAGUUCUAGAUAGUCUGGACGAAUUAGAAUCGUUGGGAAGUCGCUUCGACGGCGCGAGCAUUGACCUCGAUCAAUACUUGGAAGAAUUACAAGCUAGAGAUGCAUUCAACGUGGAUCUUUACGCGAAAGAUCCGAGCUACAACAGCAUCUACGGAUUCAACGAGAAUAUGCUGGUAGUCGAUAAACUGCAGAAGACCACGUGUCAGGAUUUAUCAAGGAAGAUGAAAUUAAUGUCCAGUAAUCUCGAUCGGCCGUUCGAUUAUUCCGGCAAAAACAAGACUGGCUCGGCAAGCAGCUUGCCAUCCAUGAGAGUAUCCGAUUUACCGCCAACUCACCAACACUCGCAGUCCUUCACCGGUGACGCACAUUACGAAAACGUCGCGAGCUUCUCACCGCUUCGCGGUUCGCCGGCGGUUCGAUCCGACAGCGAGCCACCGCGCGAUCACAGGAUACAGAGCAUUAGCGCACUGCCAAUCUCUCACAGCAGGGAUUCCAGUUACUCGAAUGCAUCAGCCGCGGCGUCCAUCUCGACAUCUAUGGCUUGUCAGAGACCCGCGAGCGCGCAAUCCUCGAUGCACUCCCCUAUCAGCGCAUCCUUGUCCUCAGUGAAUCAUGGCAGCACGCUGACGAGUAUGCUGCAAAACGUGAACGCGUAUUCCGAGCAAAGAUUCCCGAUUCACUCAAGAUCCGCCAGUCACGAUACAUGUGUGCGACAUGUGCUGCCGAACCAUCGAUCGACUUCCAGCCAGGAUUCGAGUCAUUAUCCCAAUCCAAUGUCGAUGCAAACUAUAAACUCUGUUCUGCAACAAUCAUAUUUACCAAACGCUAGCGAGCAGCGUGUUCAAAGCGAUCAAUCGGGAGCACCCUAUUACUAUUCUGAUCUCCAGGCAAGUGUCAACAGCGUGGACAUGGAGCUGACCAAACCGAUGAUCGGCCAUACCUCGCGAUUGCCUCAACUGAACAAUCAGAGGGAUGACGCGGCGAUCGGUUUGAACAAGCGGAAUGAUAUCGGUCGUAUAGUAAAUCCGAUCGCGCGGCAAAUGCCGCGACAGAUUCAAGUAGACGACAUAGAUGAGGCUAGACGUAUCGCUGCGGAAUUGAGGCGGACGACCUGUCAACUGCUAGGCGACAAUAAGGCCGCUCUCGUAGAUAAGAGAAAUUUCUACGAAGCUGACACGCUACGCCGGGUAAAGUCCACUGAUCCACUGCCAGAUGUAUCUCUGCCCGAGACUAGAAACUUAUAUCCCCACGGUCUUAGAGAUAAGUCCGUUAAUCCAGGGAACGUCGAUAACACGGAACCGACGCACGUCACACAGGCGUCUCAUCGUCGGUCAAGAUCUCUGGAGGGAUUACUCGACGACGUCGGCCUGCAAAAUUUAGUGGAGCAGCGAAACCGAGCUAACCGAGUGGCGGCAGCGACAACGACAGCGAUAGCGGUUACUUCAAUGACUCCGACCAGUCAAGUCGAGGCAACGUCGCAAAAUUUGCCAUUGUCUGACAAUCAUAACGCCAUGACUGAUAGCAGUUUCAAUUCCGAGGAUCCCUGGGAGCAAGAUAGCCUUUGGUGCGAGAGUCUGAGAAGGGUGAGCCUGCGAAACGCCAGAUCAUUGGAUAAUCUAGACAGUCCGCCGAGACCUGGAAGAUCCGGUGAUGCGAAGUCACGUGGCAAAAUCACUCGUGGAGCAACCUACGUGAACGACAGUGUUGUUUUACGCAGGGACAAUUGCACGGAGGAAUCUUCGUGCGGUGAGCGACCGCGAGUCAAACGCAGAACAAACAAGGAUCAUCAUACGCGAGAACAAUCGAUCGAGGACGAUGACGACGUCACUUACGAAACUUUGUCGAUGGAAAUGAUCGGUACCGGCGGUUACGUGUGGGAUCCACAAAGCAAUACAUACCACAAGCCUACCGUUUCGGAUAGGAAUCAUUUUUUAGAGGACGGCAACCUUCCCCCGGCUCGCUCGAUCCCGGACGCCCGUAUGUCCGCGACGUCGUUCGAGCUCGACCGAGAGAAGCUCCGCCAAUGGGAUUUGUUGUCGAGCGCCUGCUUACUCCAGGAACAGCAGCGCACCUCGAUGGCGGACUCGGGGCGAGGGUUGCCGGUCGUGGAACAACCUGGAGACGCUCACGAUUCACAGCUCGCCGUCGUCUUACGACGACUCGAUAUCGCGGAUGUACGCGACGCCUUGCCGAUGAAGAUGCCGAUCAAGAGGCAGGAACCAAGGCAGGAGCCGUGUAAACGGGCUGCAGCAAUUAGACCGACUGGGUCGAUCGUGACUGUCUUGUUUGCCUUCGAUAUUACGGGAUUCGACGUAGUGAACACGUGGCGGACAAGACUCGUUGACGACGCGACUGUGCCCAUGACAGGCACGUGGCGUGACAAAACGUCGAUCACGCUGCUAUUAAGAUUCACGGCAGGGAGCAAGGACCUUUUGAUAGCUGCGCAUCUCGUUAUCGCGAGGAAGAUGGGCGGGAAAGUUGGUUUGAUUUGCGGCAGCUGUUGGUCCGGCAAAUACACGUCCGGUUCGGGAUCCGUGAUAGGCAGAGACCCGCUUCCGCCGAGAGCCGUCAGCACGUCUCAUCUGCCUCAAAGAACGCUGACUCAACCACCGACGGCGGUGUCCACUCUUCCGCUACCGAGAAACACUACCGGCAGUAACCAUCGGCAACAACCGCUUCCGCUCCAUCACUCGACUCCGCUGCAGCAGCAGCAGCAGCAGCAGCAGCAGCAGCAGCAAUCGCCUAUGAGACAGCUGGAGAACGAGUCCACCGCCCAUAUACUGAGGGCCGCCAGCAACGGCGACAUCGGCAAAUGUCCCGGCAUGGUUACUAGUAAUGACAUGAGGGACCUAAGGUUAGCAUCGCCGAGCGGUCAUUCCACUCAGCGAUUGAUCAGCCCGAUCGGACAUUUGCGAGUCACUUCGUUAAACGACCAUCGUGUUUCCAGUCCCAGCGACAGUGAGAUACGCGUGCACAGUCCAAGCGAGAGAAAAAUGAUGAGCCCGAUUGGCAGGGAGGUCGACCGCGGCGGAGGCACGAUGACGGGUCCAAGACAAGGCCAGCAGCGAUCACGCGCGGAUUGCAGCGAGCUGCUGCAUAAAAGGAGUAACAUCAGCUCCCUGAGAGCGGAUGCCAGCGGCAGGCUGGUGACACAGACUGGCGCAUCCGGACUGGUGCGCGUCUCCGCCGGCGAGCUCCUCGGCAGGACCCAUGAAGAACUGGUGCUACUGUUGAUCCAGCUACGACGUCAGAACGCGACGGUCCUCAAGGCGAUGGAGACGUGCCACAUGGAGAUCGAGGCGCAGGCUAGACUGGCGGACCUCGACACGCCGAGACGGUUAGAAAAUCUUCAAAAACUCGAGGAACUCAAGAGGCAUCUGAUGGAUCUCGAGAAGCAGUACGAGAAGAGCAAGCCUCUUGUGAACCUCGUGGACAAUAUGGUGAAACUGGGCUCUUUAUAUAAUCGUAACACUGCCAACGGGACCAGCAAUGUUUCCGGUUCUCGACACGAUCUGCACGAGAACGCGAGGGAUCAUCGCGACCGUCUGGAAUUUAACCAAAGGGUGCAGGAGCAGCGACUGUUGGCUGAAGAGCGUAGGGAUUGGGACAGGUUGAGUCCCGAUCAUGGACAGUUGCAGGCCAAAGUGCAGCAGCUCUACAAACUCGAUCGACUGCUUCAGGAGGAAUCUGGCACACUGCAUAGUCUCCAGCAGGACAAGGAAAUACUCGAGAAAGCUUUGGGCGGGUUGCGCCACAAAUUGCAAGGUAGCAGAAGCAAUUUGGCCGAAGCGGAGCGAUAUCGGAAGCAGCAACUCCUGUUGGAACGCGAACUGAGCAGAGUGAGGAUACUGCUCGCCCAUAACUCGAAGGUAAAGCCAGUAUUUUUCCAGAAACUUGAGGAAACGGUCGCCGAGAACGCGAGAUUGGAGCAAGAUUUGGUGGUGCUGAGGCAAAAGGUGCAAGCAUCCAGAAGAUAUGCCGGUAACGUCGCGAGGGACACUUCGAGCACGACCGCACCACUGGAAGCGGAAUUACGACGAGUGCAACAACUCGUCGGCGAUCUGCAGAGACAGAGGAAGGAACUGAGCAUUCAAGUUCGCCAAUUGACGGAGAAAUCUCAUAGUUUGGUGCAGCAAAUUCGCCCGCAGCCACCGCACGCUCCUCAGGUGCAUCAUUCGAAGAAACGUACGCAAAAUUCUUGGUUGGAGACUGAUUUAGAUUCCGGAAUAACCUUGGACCAUGGUUUGGACUCACCGUCAAGUCCGUCUUUGUCUAUCUCACCUCCGAACAAACAAAAUGAUAACUCCCACCAACGAUAUGGUUCUCCUACCCAAUACAAGGACUUAUCCCCAUUGAAUCGCCCACAUAAUCAGCAAUCCUUCGUACAACCCUCACAAAAUCACAUAUCUACGCUCUCGCCGCAGCUGCGCGAACAAAUUCAACAACACCAAUUAAAGCAACAAUUAUUGAAAGACCAAAUGCAGGGCAAGGGUAACGUGAUUCAAGUGGUACCCCUGUAUAUUAAUACGGAUUCAAGAGUAGCAGGUGAUUACGUCGCCGACACGAGCAAGUAUAACGGAAAUAUAAUGAAUGGUACGCUAAAUCCUGCUCCGGAAUAUAUCCCGCCACCGCCGCCCCCUUUGAGCGAGGAAGCAUUGUUAUUGAAUGAUAAUUAUAGACAAAACGAGGACAACAAAUUCGCCGGAUUAAUGCACAAUCGCGAGAAACAAGAGAUUAAGACGGUGCGCAUAGUGAAACGCGAAUCGGAAAGGCGACAAAGGGACCGUGGCGACAGAACCGGCAAUCUUGGAAUUCCUCUGACGAACGGCCUCCAGGCACCAGGCGGCGCGAAGAGAUUGUCCGAUGAUGAUUUCGGAGGCUCCCAGAAAUUCGAAAAAGCUCAGCUUGGUAGAGUAGUGGAGGAAUCGCCAAUUGUUCAUGCGCAGAGCACGGUUCAGCUGUCCGAACUGGACGAUGUUCAAUUCCAAAGAAGCAUGUCUCUGCCACGUGGUUUCGGCGGUCAAAAACAGCAGACUGGAGUACACUAUGGACCCGUGGUACCUCCACCGCGAAGCGACAGUAUGCAUGCCCUGAAGAGUAUGAUGGCACGUCGGCAUAAAAUUAGGUUCGAAAGUCAUGACGGCAGCUCCGAUAGCACUCUGUCACCGUACACGGAUAGUCCUACGUCCAGCUCUCACAUGCCGAUGAGCUCUCCCAACUACUCAACCGCCUCGUCGUACAGCCCAUGCCAGAGCCAGAAUUAUCCGUCGCAAGCGACGAUGGUCGCCGCGCAGUCUCACUAUAACAACUACUCGCUUGGACCGUACAGGCAAUACGAGAAAAUCGGCACUCUCGUGGGUGCCAUGAGCCCCGAAUUAACAUCGCCGACUAACGUCGGCAUUCACGAGAGACCGACUACCGCAACGACGGUGAACACAAACCAGUCUGAUUCGCCGCAAUUGUCGCCGGUGUUCAAGAGCGAGGCUGCCAAACAGAUUAUCAAAGAGAUGACGGAGAAGAGGGUGGAGGGACCGAGACGAAGGCAAAUUCCUCGCGAGAAAAGGCGGCAUUACACUGUGUCUAGUAGCAAACCAGUGCUCGAUCUAGAGGAUACUUUCUCGAAGAUGGGCAUGGGUAGAGCCAGGGACGAUCUGGACAUGGAAAGAGCGCUCAGACCCAGGAUAAACGCUCCUGACGUGGUGCGAUCAACGUUAAGUCACAAGGAGUUGAAGUAUAACGAGAGUACUAUAGACCAGCUAUUAGGCACGCCUAAUAAAAUUGUCAUUCCCGAGAGAUAUAUUCCUGAGCAGACACCGGAGCUAACAGCAGAAGAACAAGAGCAACGCUUAAAAAAGGCGGAAGCAAUUAGGAAAAUGCUCUCAGAGACAACCGUGACUGCACCGGAAGGAGGUGACGAUAAUUCUAACGUAGAAAAAUCAGACACCUUGAAACGCAAAGUAGUGGAAGAAAAACGGCAGAGGGAGCACAUUCUCCAACUCAAUCAGAUACUGGCGAAGCAAGUAAUGGAGAAAAGUAAAAUGGUAGCGGUGAAAGCUCUAGCAACGCUUCCCUUGAAAACUGAAUCAAGCUUGGAUGAUGACGAUCUCUCACCAGUGGCUCCUUUACCGCUUUAUCAGCAAAGAGAAAACUUCUAUUCCUAAGCAUCGUUCCAAGAAUACAAACAGAAGCACAAAAAAACUACUGCCAGUACCAAGAACAAGAAAGAAGAACAAGAAAGAAGAACAAGAAAAUAAAAAGAGGGAGGGAACUUUUUUCUCAACGACUAGUUAAGAAAACGGAAGUUCAUGCAACAUACUGAGGAAGUGCUUUUUAUUUGCGCACUGAUUGCAAUGUAUAUAAUGAUCGACUAAAUAAUACGGUAAUAUAAGUAGUUGUCAUUAUUUGUUAUAUAUGAUAAGAGCUCGUAACGUACAAGUACACACGAAAAAGCGUAUGAAGAAAGCGCAGAAAGCGGUAACUACGCGAUAGAAAGGACUAUCAAUGCAUCAUCAAACGGAGCUCAUCCCUUUUUAAGUACUAAAUCGAACAACAUCGCGACUUACUGUGUCAUUUUUUACUAAUUCAGGCGUUCGGCCGUUAAAUAACAAAUCUGGCGGACGUCAGAUCUUACCCGCGUGACUAAUCUAAUACGCUUCCGGGCGAUAUAUUCCGGCUUUGGAGAAACCUUUACCGCGUCUCUUCGCAGAUCGAAAGUUCUUUUUCGAAAGUUUUCAAAUCGUACCGCGUAUUUGUAAGUAUAAGAGACUGUAAAACCCACCCGACUGAAAAUCUGGUUUGGAUAUCGUUAUGUCCUUUCCCGUUUUACGUACAAUCAUUUUCACGAGGCAAACUUUUAUAUAUAAUAUGUCGACAAACGAGACUUGCGUAUCCUCGCCGAAGUGUCUGUGAGCGAGAUGGUACCAUUAGAUUUAAUGGCGCGGCCAGAUUCUUCAUUUUAGCGGCGACAAACAAAAGUAUGCGAUUGUAACGUGUCAAGCAUGCGAUGAGAUGAAAUUGGAAUGAAAUGGGCUUUCUAUAAUAAACUAUUACCUAAGUUUUAAGUUUUAAAUCGUAAUAGGUUUUUUACAUUAAGUCGUUAUCCAAGUUUAAAUCUUAAGCCAUAAGAAAUUAAUCAAUCACAGUUGGAUGUGAGAAAAAUAAUUGACUAUAAUUGAUCAAUUUCUUACUGCUUAAAAUUUAAAGUUUGAAUAAUGACUUAUUGUGGAAAGCCCAUAAAAAAAUUGACCGAUCAUAGUCGAUUAUUCUUUUCACAGAUUAUUCUUUCAACUGUGAUUGAUCAAUUUCUUAUAUAUGACUUAAGGCUCUUCAGUAGUCAUCAUUAAUGAGUCGUGGCGACAGAAAUGAGAAAUGACACUUUAAUUUUUAUUAUGUGCCAUUUGUAAAUGAAAACAAUUUGAAACAAAAUAAUGAGAUCGUUUUAAAACAAUUGUAAAAAUAGAAAGCUAUCCUUUCUCUUAUCCUCCCCUGACAGUUAAUAAUCGUAAAAAGUGAUAAAAGGCACAUGAAGUACUUUUAAGUCAAUACACAUGCGUAACCUAUUUUCACUUUUACGUGUCUUUUAUCAAUUUUUACGAUUAUUUACUGACUGUAAGGGGAGGAUAAGAUAAUAGUUUUCAUCCAUUUUAUUUUCAAAAUGUUUUAAAGCGAUCUCGUUAUUUUGUUUUAUCCAAAUUGUCUUUAGUUGACACAUAACAUAAAAUUAACGUGUCAUUUCAAUAUGUGACGAUUACCCAGAAGUCUUAAGACUUAAAGCUUAGGUAAUAGUUUAUUGUAGAAAACUUAUUAUAGUCACUAAAGAAAACAAUCGCGCUAAAAUCGAGCCUUUCUAGAUUUUAUUCGCCGAACUUGGCGACAAAAGCAAGUGUGUGAAUUACCAUGUAAACUAGAUUUUAAGAAAUUCA